GGUUGCAAAGGGUCAAAUUGUGAUUCAUGAAAAGCUAAAAGCUCUUUUUUGAACUUACCAAACAGACCUAUAGACUCUCCCUUGGUCUUGGCAGCAUCAGAAGAAAAUGGCGCCAUUGAACUCUCUGGAGAACGAGUACCCACUCAUUGAUUCUAACUUCCAAACCUUUUGCGCUUCGCACGCCAUUUACUCCGUCGAAGAUUUCCUCCUGCAUGAUCUCGACGCAUUACUAACUUCCGCGGCCAAGCAUUCCACUUCCCAGAGAUUGAAGCAGGGUAUUCAUCAGCUUCUGUCUAUUGUUGAUGCUCUACAUCCGCCAUUGAUAAAUGGUUUGCAGCUUCUGGAAGAUUUUGAACGGAAUAAAGAGUUUUUGUCCACUGGUUGUGAAGGGAUUGAUGCAUUUCUUGGAGGUGGAUUACGUGAAGGACAAUUAACUGAACUUGUUGGACCAUCCUCUUCCGGCAAGACACAGGUUUGCUUGAUGUCUGCCUCAACUGUUGCAAAGCAUAAGUGUUCAGUUAUAUAUUUAGAUACUGGCAACUCUUUUUCACCUCAGCGUAUUGCACAUUUUGUUGGCCAGUCUUCUGAUUAUUUCUCAGGCAAUCAGGCUGAUCGUAGACUUCUACAGAACGUAUUAGACAGGAUAAUUUGCUACCCAGUGUUUGAUGUGUAUCAGAUGUUUGAUCUGCUGCAUCAACUGAAGAUUAAUUUGAGAUCCAAGAUUGCCAAAUCAGAUCGUCUUGUACAACUGCUUAUUGUUGAUUCAAUCUCUUCACUGAUUACUCCCAUCCUUAGGGGAAGUGGUCCUCAGGGACACGCUUUAAUGGUAUCUGUUGGGUUUUUAUUGAAGAAGCUAGCACAUGAGCAUAAUAUUGCAGUGUUGGUGACAAAUCAUGUGGUGGGUGGGGAAGACGGUAAUUCUAAACCAGCACUUGGAGAGAGUUGGAAGAGUGUCCCUCAUGUACGGCUUUUACUCUCACGUGAAUGUGGUGGCAAUGCCUGCAAUAUUUCAAUAAUCAAACAUCCAGCUAUGGCUUCUGGUAGGACUGCAACUUCCACCCGUCUGUUCGUUUGAAAUUAUUCUCACCGCAAAAUGGCCAUUCAUCAAAGGAAUGUUACUUUUCAUACAAAGUGUAUUGAGAAACUUAUUUUGUUAGUGAUAUCUGGCAGAAAAUAUGAAGCAAAGCAAACUUGUUAAUAUUUAAAUUUUUUGUAACAAUUUUUUAAUGAUUUAAUUAAGAUCAUUUAUGAUCUAGUCACUUUAUGUUAAUUUAGUGACGAUGAUUAAUAAAUUGGAAAUGUAGCAUUGAUAUUAGGAAUUUUUAUUUUUAA